AUUUAGAGUUUGGAUUCAUGGGGCCAUAAGUUCUCUGCUAUCUAUCAGCUCCAAAGUGCCCUCUAAAGAUCACAUUUCUUCUUCAGUUCUAGAGCUGGAAUAGAGUAAGAACUUUUCCAACGAGUACGUAACAGUUGAAAGCCAUUUUCCGCGAGCCGUUUCGUAGUGUUGUUCUCUCUCUUCAUCUUCUCUUCGGUUGGUUCCAAGGAAAAGAUUUCCAUUCUCUCUUCAUCCUGGCGGAAAUGGCGAGGGAAUGAGAACUGAGAAUGAGAGUGUCCCCACCGUUGCACCUGGAGUAAAUCGUCAUACUCCCUGUCCAAUUUUGUCACUUUGCUUCCGGAUUUCUCCAAGCCACUGGCCCGUCCUCUUGCUUGGCCGUGAGUGGAGUUUUCUCUCUAAACGAAUUUGUAAUGGCUGGCUGGACUGCGUUUCGGUGCUUUGGAAAGUCGCAGCCACUCACUCUGUGCCACUGUCUUUCUGGCAGCCUUUGACACGCGAUAAAACUUGCCUAGAGCAUUCCUUCAUACGGCCGAGCAGGAAGAACGGUCCGAAGUCGAGAUGAGGUGAGUACUACUACCUUCAUCAAAGUGCAAGCCAUCUCAAAUCAAAGCAAGAAAACUUUGGAGAGCUCAGGUUGAAGCAGGAAUCUGGAACGAUGCAUCUCGAGGCGGCAGGAGGAGGAGAGACACCAAGGAGAUCGGAGCUCCAGACGCUCCACUCGCUUAUGUCCAUCGACAACCAGCUCAGUAUCGGGCACUUCAAGCAAGUCCCGCUCCGCGAGAAAGGGACCGGCCUCGAGUUUGAGGACAUCACCUACACGGUGGUCAAGAAGCAAAAGAGCAAAGGUGGCGGAAGGAUUACGCGGCAAGUCGAUUUGCUCCAGCACAUAACCGGCUACGCUCCGAAAGGCCAUAUCACUGCGGUGAUGGGGCCGAGCGGCGCUGGAAAGUCGACGUUCCUGGAUGCUCUGGCUGGCAGGAUUGCGAGUGGAAGCCUCCAGGGAAUCGUAACGCUCGACGGGAAACGAGUGAGCCCGUCACUCAUCAAGCGCUGGUCCGCCUACGUGAUGCAAGACGACCAGCUCUUCCCGAUGCUCACCGUCUGGGAGACUCUUCGCUUCGCGGCCGACAUGAGGCUCCCGGAGUCCAUGUCCAAAGAGGAGAAGGACGAUCGAGUGGAGAAACUUAUCGUCCAGCUUGGUCUCACAAGUGCUCGCAACACUUUCAUCGGAGACGAGGCUCACCGCGGCGUUUCCGGUGGCGAGAGGAGACGGGUUUCUAUCGGAGUCGACAUCGUCCACGGACCAAACCUGCUCUUCCUCGACGAGCCAACCUCCGGCUUGGACUCCACCAGCGCUUACAGCGUCAUCGAGAGGGUCCACGACAUCGCCAAAGCUGGAAGCAGCGUUGUCCUUACGAUCCACCAGCCUUCUUCCAGGAUCCAGCACCUUCUCCACCACCUUAUAAUUCUUGCCAGGGGAAAGCUGAUAUACCAAGGAACGCCUCAGGGGCUGAACGGACACGUCACAGGCCUGGGGAGGCAGGUUCCCAAAGGCGAGAACCCGAUCGAGUACCUGCUGGAUAUAAUCCAAGAGUUCGACCAUGCUACCACUGGAGUGGACCCGCUGGUAGAGUACUACCUCACAGGGAUCCGGCCGGACGUUCUCGACUGCGGCCUCACUCCAAAAAUCCACCUUGCCAGCACCGGGGUGACUCCACAGCAGCAUGGCACCUGGAAGCCGAUCAAGAGCCCGUUCCAGAUCAAUAGUAGCAUUUGUAGCACCCCUGCUAUCCACAGGCACGACCCGGAAGCUCCUGAGGUACCUAUGACUCCGUCCCAGUACUUUGAAGAAGACGAGGACGACUUCGACCACUCGCUGGUGAAGCAGUCGUUCACGUCGACUGUGGCCGCGAGUCCCUGGAUUGGUGUCGGAACUGCUGCUUCCUUCUACAAAGGCAUGAUAGAAACUGCUUUUACUCCAAAGCAUAUUGGCCUCCGGACUCCAUCGAGACCGGGACCGGGACCCGGGCGGACUCCUAUGUGGCCAUCUUUUGAAACAAGCCGGUUCGCUAGAACUCCACGGCCUGGUCCAGCGUAUACAGCUGCUACUGUUCCUGGUAAACGAUCCGUCCCCGAGAUCAUUCCUGCUACUCCGAUUCCAGAUCGGAAGCUCUACCAUGAAGAAGACUUCGAUACGGACACCAACAGGAGCGGUCUGGUGGACAUACCCGGCCGCAAGUUUUCAAACUCCUGGUCCAACGAAGUUCUCAUUCUCAUGGGCCGUAACUUUCGGCUCAUCAAGAGAACACCGGAGCUCUUUCUUUCGAGGCAGAUCGUCCUGACUGUGAUGGGAGUGAUGAUGGCCACCAUGUUCCUCAACCCCGGCGACAGCUUGCAAGGCGUGACAAAACUCAUGUCCUUCUUCAUCUUCACCGUCUGCCUCUUCUUCUUCUCGUCCAACGACGCCGUUCCAGCUUUCAUCAUGGAGAGGUUCAUCUUCAUCAGAGAGACGGCACACAACGCGUACCGCUGCUCGUCGUACGUCAUGGCCGGAGUUAUAACGUAUCUGCCUUUCCUUGCAUUCCAGGCCCUGUCGUAUACGCUGAUAACUUGGUGGGCCUUGGACCUCAAAGGUGGCUUCCGAGGCUUCUACUACUUCUGGCUCAUCCUCUACGCCUCCCUCAUCUCGACUAACUCGCUGGUCGUCUUCGUCAGUGCCCUGGUUCCAAACUAUAUCCUCGGCUACUCCGCUGUUAUUGCCUUCACCGCCAUCUUCUUCCUCACCUGCGGCUACUUUGUGAAGCGAAGCUUGAUCCCCUGGGGUUGGAUAUGGAUGCACUACAUAUCCGUCAUCAAGUAUCCAUACGAGGGCCUCCUCCACAACCAGUUCGAGACCGCUGCUUGCUAUAACAGCAUCAACGGUACCUGUUAUCUGCCAAACCAGGAAGUUCUCAAGGGGUUAGACAUCAACAAGCCCAGGAACAAGUGGGAUUGCCUGGCCAUGCUUCUCGUCUGGGCGGUCUUCUACAGGUUUCUCUUCUACCUGGUGCUUAGAUUUGCUUCCAAGAACCAGCGAACGUAGAUAACAAGCGA